AUGGCGAUAAAGAAGUAUUUCUGCGAAUAUUGCGAGAAGCAAUUUCAAGAUACACCGUCGGAUCGGAAACGCCACGCCGCAGGCAUUCAACACAAACAAGCCAAAGCACGUUGGUACGAUUCCUUCAAACCUCAACACCACAACCCUAUUCCACAGCAACCUAAUCAACCCUUCUGCUUUCACUUCGUCAACAAGGGAUUUUGUCGCUACGGCGAUUCUUGCAAAUAUUUUCAUCCCAAUACACAGCGACAGCAACCAAUCGGAAACACGCCGUCAGGGAAUGUAGGAGUGUCGUUCGGCAAUUUGCCUCCGUCGUUGCAACCUCCGUCUGAAGGUGGAUACCCAUACACCCCCUUUGUUGACUGGGGGUAG